UUAUCACUACAGUACAGUACGGAAAGGUAUAGAAAGGUGCGACAGAGCUUCUCUGGCACUCGAGCUUUCUCCUGUUUAGGAUUCAUUACAACCUAAACCUGACAUCUCAUCUUCAAAGCCAGAUUGGGGUGGGAGAGCCUGAACAAAAAUGACCGACUUGGUCUCGGGAAACGAAGAGGACAAGGAUCCUGACCUUGAGCUUUUUGUAAGGGCAGGUAGUGAUGGAGAGAGCAUUGGGAACUGUCCUUUCUCCCAAAGACUCUUCAUGAUCCUCUGGCUGAAAGGAGUGGUAUUCAAUGUCACAACAGUUGAUCUGAAAAGAAAACCACCAGAUCUUCACAAUCUGGCUCCUGGAACACAUCCGCCUUUCCUUACCUUCAAUGGAGAAGUACAGACCGAUGUCAACAAGAUUGAGGAGUACCUAGAGGAGAAGUUAGCUCCUCCAAAGUACCCUAAAUUAGCUACAAAAAACAGAGAGUCAAACACAGCUGGCAAUGACAUAUUUGCUAAGUUUUCUGCAUAUAUAAAGAACACAAAGUCUGAGGCUAAUUCAGAUCUGAAGAAAGGGUUACUGAAGGCUUUAAAGAAACUAGAUGACUUUCUAAACUCCCCUUUACCUGAGGAAAUCGAUGCAAAUAGCAUGGAAGAAGAAAAGUGCUCUACUCGUAAAUAUCUCGACGGCAAUGAACUAACACUUGCCGACUGCAACCUCCUCCCCAAACUUCAUGUGGUCAAGGUUGUUUCCAAGAAAUACCGUAACUUUGAAAUACCAUCUGAUUUCACUGGAGUGUGGCGAUAUCUUCGGAACGCUUAUGCACGGGAUGAGUUCAUCAACACAUGUGCAGCUGAUAAAGAGGUUGAGCUGGCCUACCAGGAUGUAGCCAGAAGACUGGGCAAGUAAAGCCUAAAGCAAAAGAGAACAGGACUCAGAAACCCAUGUAUUUACAAACCCCAUUUCUAGACAAGUUGGGACAUGUUGUAAAAUGCAGUAAAAAAGAAGAAUCUGUGAUUUUUCAAUUUCUUGAAUCUGUAUUUAACUAACAAAAGCAGAA